AUGGCUCAGCUGGCCACCUUUCGCCAGGAGGCGGCACCAAAGCUGGAGGCGGAGCGUGAAGGGAUUGUCGUCCACGCGGCAGCCCUCGCCGAGUACACCGACGGUGACGUCUUCAUCCCGGAGCGGGCAGAAGACGGCACAGAGGUGCCACCUUCCUGGUUCGGGCUGAACUCAGACGAGGAGGAGGACCCGGCGGAGGAGAUUGCUUCUAGCAAUGAGGCCGCGGAGGAGGACGAGGACGAGGAAGGCGACGGCGAUGCACCAGAUGAUGGAGCAACCAGUCGGAACCGGACCGAUCCGGCCUCGGCCAGCGAGCAGCAGGAGACCACAUCGGCCGCUGCCGCCAACCAGACCAGGGCCAGCCAGCCGGAAGCCCCGCUAGCCGGUGCUGCAGCCACCGCCGACUCGUCUGAGCAGCCCGUGGUUCCUUCGACCUAG